AUGAGUCAUAAAAUGUUGGAGGUUGAAAGAAAAUGUCAUAAGUGUGGUGACACCACAGAAGUCUCUUGGAAAUGUGAAGCAUGCAACAUUUUACUGUGUUUUAGAUGUGGAAAUAGGCAUGCAGAACUUGGCCUGAAACACUCAGUGGUCAAUUUUGAGAAAAAUGAGGAGGCAAAACCAAUUCUUAAAAUAAAACAAUGUGAUUCUCAUAAAGAACGGGACAUUUCCAAUUUUUGCUUGGACUGUAAUAAGCCUGUUUGUUCAACCUGUUUAUCGACACAUGAACAUCAAGGCCAUGUCUUAGAGGAAAAUGAAAUAAUCUACAUGCGAAGAUCAAAUAAAUUGAGAAAAUAUUCAGACAAAUUUAAGUCUUAUUUUCUUCCGUUUUUCUCCAGAGAACAAGAGAGGCUUGACGAAAUGUUAAAACAUCACCAGGAUAUGAUUGAGGAGGAAAAGCAAAGAAUCAUUGACAAUGACAAAGAAUUGAAAGACAAAAUAACACAGCAAACAGACCACCUCUUACAAGAACUGGAAAAUCAAUGGGAAGAUACUCGUGGGGAAAUAAAACAAUUAAAACAAAAAACUGAAAGGAACAUUGUUGCGAUAAAUUCCAGAGUUCAGUUGAUUGACAUGAAGCAAACCUGCAAUGACAUAGACACCAUCUGCGAGCUAGAAAAUGACACAAAAGUUUUCCAAUCCAAUAUAGAUCAUUCAUAUCUUCAGCUACCAUUAGAAGGAAAAAAGUUUAGAAAGGAAAUUUUUGAUGAAAUUCAAAUAGAAAAUAUUGUUAGCGCCUUGGAGAAGGUAAAGCUGUCAGAUGUUAUAGACUUUAGUGUCUUGGGUUCUUUUGAUACAAAUACUGAAAGUAUUGAUUGUAUUUCCGUAAAUGAAGAUGAUACAAUAUGGACAAAUUUUAAUAACAAUCUUCUAAGAAAAUAUAAAAUGGAUUUAGAGAAAGGGAUAAACAUGCUUGAAAAAAAGCCCAUCGCUGUGAAUGACAUAGCUAUGACAAAUUCUGGAGACUUACUUCUAGCAGUCGUCAAAGAUCAUUGCAUUAAAACUUUAAACAAAUCAGGAACCAUUAAAGAUUUUUACAACUAUAAAACUGGUUUGCUAAGAACACCUAUUCAUGCAACUGCCGUUCAUGUCCAAAAGAAUGGAAAUGUUUUAGUGGGCUUUAAAGAAGACAACCCUAGAAAAGAAACCAUCCAGAAAAUAUUUGUUCUUACUCCAAAUGGUAGAAAAGAGAGACAACUUGAACUAGCUAAUGAAAAUCGGGAAAGUCUAUGUACAUUAGUUUACAGAUUAACUACUAACAACAACAAUGAUGACAUUAUCAUUGUGGACCAAAUUUCAAUAAAUGAAGGACAAAUAGUGGCUAUAGAUAAGAGCAAUCAGCUUAAAUGGUGUUACACUGGAAACACAGCAGGCGAAUUACAAAAUACCUUCUCCCCCCGUGGAUUAGUAACAACUUCUCAGAAUAACUUUAUUGUCUGCGAUGAAAGGAACAAUGCUUUACAUGUUCUAAAUGAGAAUGGACAAGUUCUCCUGUAUAAAGACAAAGGUUCAUUUGAAAUAGAAAGUCCCUAUGCUAUAGCUAUCAAUAACAAAGGACACAUACUUUUAAGCCGUAUAAAACAGGAUGAGAAUAAAGGAAAGGCAGUUAUAUCAGUUUUGAGAUUUACUGGAUGUUAA